AUGGUGAGAGGGGCGGCGUUAGUGCUGACGUUAGCGCUGACGUGCUGCACAGUGUGUUGCAGCGUCCUUGUGCCGACAUAUGUAUUGCCGCCUGACUCGUUCGUGCGCGAUCAGCGUUCGCUGGCGUCCACAUCUGAUUCACAAACUGCAGAAUCACAAAGGACGAUCAAACGUCUUAUCGGUGGACAUAUAAAGAUUAAACCUGAAAAGGAUCAUGGAAGCCCGAAAAAUUCCAUUAUUUUUAAUGAAAAGAGUGAAAGUGGGAAGUUCGCAAGCGUAAUCGCGCCGGACCAGCCGGGCGGCAAUGUCGGCUGGAACCAAGGUAUUUGGGACGAUGGUAUGCUAAUGUCUAGCGCCGGUGAGGGCAAAGAAACUAAAAAGAUAAAGGAAGUUGACGAAGAUAAGAAAACAUUGUCUGAUCAGGUGGCUGAAGGAAAAUAUGGAUUAAUUCAGAAUGAAUUAUUUUCAAAGACGCCGAAACGGCCAGGAAUAUUAAGUUACGAGCCAAACACUGAGACUAGAUCGAAAGACAAUUUACAAAGCUUAGGAGGUCUGAAGAAAGACGAAAUUUGGCUCGCAGAAGAUCAUCUAUUAGUGAUAAAAGGGGGAUCAUUCCCUGAGCGUACAAAUGAACCAGAACAAAAAGUAUGGCCACCCAUAGACAACUACGAGGCGCCUAGAAGGCAAGUAAAACUACCAGAAAAACCAAAAGUUCCACCGCCCUUUCCCGUACGUCUCUCCGACAACGGUCCGCUCGUCUUCCUUACGCCUAACGGCAGUGUCCCUGCGCCCAUUUUCCCUCCCUUCCCUACGGGAGAAAGCGAAGGCUCUCUACCGCCACCGUCAUUCCUUUAUCCACCAGGAACGUUCGACUCCCCGAGUUAUAAUCAAGGAAACACUACUUCCGGGGGAGCGCCGUUGCCAGGUCCUCCGUUCCCAUUCCUUCCCGGGAAUGCGAGCGAAGGGGCAUUCCCUUUCCCUGCAUCCAUGAACGGCUCUUUUCCAGAAGGUUUUCCUCCGGGCGCCGCCUUUCUACCACCACCGAGCAACCAGUCAGACCUGUACGACGAAGACGACCCUUCGAUAUACUAUCCGCCGCCUUACAAUUUUUCUUAUCGCAAUGAUUACAAGGGUAACGUUCCGGCUGGACCUUUAGUACCUGGAAUAAUUCUUCCACCACCACCGGACUUUUUUGCGCCAGACGAAGAAAAGGCCACAAAAGAAAUAAGGACUACACAAAGCCCACAACCGACUAAUACACGUACUAAGAGUACAUCAAAACGUCCUUCACCAACACCUGUAACAUUCAGAGGAAAUUACAAAGCCAGACUUACGACCACAGAGUUACCGAAUACAACAGAAACUCCUAUAACUUUAACAACACCAUUGGCUAAUGAAAUUCCAACUACAACUAAAUACAGAAAAACGCAACGUGUUAUACCCAAUCGACACCCGAUUAAACAUUAUAACAAUGAAGCAGAAAUUAUUACGAGACCGAAAACUGAGAAACCUAUCUACAAAACACGGACAAAACUUACUUCGAAACCACUUUCAGUUUCAGUGUAUGAUUACCCAGAAGUAUACGAGAAUAAGCAAACGACUACGACACAAAAGCCUUACGUACAGUACAGAGUACCAGAAGAAGAACACAUCAAUGACAUUUCUUCGACUCCAGCAGUACCUUUACGAACAUAUUAUUCAAACGUUCAAAACGAUGAAAUACCAACAACCAAAUUACAACCCGUGUAUAACAGAAAGCCAAAUGAGAACGCUGUAGCUUCAUUUUACUUCUUUGACGAGCAACCUAAGACUAGACCUCCAGAAAGUAAUUUUGAUGGCCGAUACUACUACCAAACUGUACCCAGUCAAGCUUCAUAUGCACCUAGACCAAAUGCUAAUCAAGAGUCUCAAUACCAGCCUGGAGUUGGCGUUGCUUACGGUACUUUCGAUCAAGGAGAUGCUUUCUUUUUAUUUCCACAAAAAGAAGGAACUCGUACCUUCACACAAGAAUACUUCAGUAUUCAGAAACCGCGUCCACAACCUACUUAUGUGCCACAGCCUAAAGCAAGACCCGACUCAUUUUAUCAACAAAUCUCCGAUAUUCAGCAAACAAUUGACUACUUCACAACAAAAAGACCAAAAGCCCAUCGACCACAUUCUACUAAACAAAAGCCAAUCACAUCACGGCCGGUUUAUCAAUACAGUUAUGAAAGCAAGCCAAGACCCGAAAAAUUAACAUUCCGGGCACCAAAGCUUGAUCCUGAACCUUUCCGUCCGAUGGUCAGCUACAGCAAACCAUUCAAUGGCGAUAAUGAAUUCAAUGCAGUAACACCGUCCGCUGCGUCUCCGAAUUAUCAGCAAUACCUAGUCGAAAACAUUCAAGUAAGCACAGAAGCCCCAACAUCAUCCAGAUAUUAUCCACAGACAAAAUUAAGAGAUGAAGACUAUGAAGACGUGCCAAUCAAGGAGAAUUUGCCCGUCAAUAACAGAAAUCAGAUUCCGGUACAAACUGGUAAACCAAUUCAUCACGUAAAUAGACAUCCUAGUACUACCCCUAAUCCAAUUAGCAACGGAUACUACACAAAACACGACGAGCGAUAUAUCGAUGACUUCACAAAAAGUACGUUUGACAUAUUUGGUCAAAAACUUGACGACGGAAAUCGGGAUGAUCACGGCUUGGCUGUUACUCCACCCCUUGAAACAGUUAAAACGCCCAUCGACAACAACAUAAACCUUCAAUAUGCCUAUGAAAUCGUUGAAUCUCAAAGUCCUAACCCGCCGUCACUGCAUGGAGACACUGAUGUCAACCAUAGACAUCCACGCCCACCUGAAAACCCAGACAGUGAACAAGUCCAUCCGUCACAAGCAAGCGCACAGCUUGUGGAGCCUCACAGUCCACCAUCUCUUGCAGGAGACACGGUUGUCAACGACAGAUACCCAAGACCGCCUAUACACCCGGACAGUGAGUUUAUACCCAUACCAAACCCUAAUUAUCGAAGAGGACAGCAAUAUAGAGAACAACCACAAGAGCCUCAGUAUACUGGUGAACAGUACGACCUGAAUAGGCCAUCGUUGGUUGGAGACACAGACGUCAACUACAGAAGGCCUUUACCGCCAAUCAAUCCUGAUGCAGAAUGGAUUGGGGCUGUUAACGCCGCAGGUGAAGGUCGACCGGGAUCUCUCAUUAGGUAUAGGCUUCCUGGGGAAGGAGCGCACGUAUAUUUCCUCACCCCACAAGCGGCACAAGCCGCCAGGGAGAGGUACAGAGCUCCCGGCUACGGACGGUGA